UUCACCUUGGCGAACUCAUUUCUCCCUCCAUAAAUCUCCGAGACCUAAAAUCUCGAGACCGUUUUUGGUCCUCCAUACACGGCAGUCAUCUCUACUCGCUCCUCAGUCCUCACAUCGCCUCUUUUCUCAGAUCUCUCUCUGCAAUGGCGAAAGAACCCGUUCGUGUUCUCGUCACUGGCGCUGCCGGACAAAUUGGAUAUGCUCUUGUUCCCAUGAUUGCUAGAGGAGUCAUGUUGGGCCCAGACCAACCUGUAAUCCUUCACAUGCUUGAUAUUCCACCUGCUGCUGAGGCAUUGAAUGGUGUUAAGAUGGAGUUGGUGGAUGCUGCAUUUCCUCUGCUUAAAGGUGUUGUUGCUACCACUGAUGUUGUUGAGGCAUGCACUGGCGUCAAUAUUGCAGUCAUGGUUGGGGGAUUCCCUAGGAAAGAAGGCAUGGAAAGGAAAGAUGUGAUGUCAAAGAACGUUGCCAUUUACAAAUCUCAAGCUUCUGCUCUGGAAAAGAAUGCUGCUGCAAACUGCAAGGUUCUGGUUGUUGCCAACCCUGCCAACACCAAUGCAUUGAUCUUAAAGGAAUUUGCACCAUCAAUUCCUGAGAAAAACAUUACUUGUUUGACCAGGUUGGAUCACAACAGGGCCCUUGGUCAAGUCUCAGAGAGAUUAAACGUUCCAGUCUCUGAUGUCAAAAAUGUAAUUAUUUGGGGAAAUCAUUCAUCAAGUCAGUAUCCUGAUGUCAACCAUGCAACCGUUAAGACACCAGCUGGAGAGAAACCUGCCCGCGAGCUUGUUGCUAAUGAUGAAUGGUUGAAUGGAGAAUUCAUCACUACCGUCCAACAGCGUGGAGCUGCCAUUAUCAAGGCUAGAAAGCUCUCUAGUGCAUUAUCUGCUGCUAGCUCUGCAUGUGACCACAUACGUGAUUGGGUCCUUGGAACUCCAGAGGGCACUUGGGUUUCCAUGGGUGUAUACUCUGAUGGCUCAUACAAUGUGCCAGCUGGGCUUAUUUAUUCUUUCCCGGUUACCUGUCGCAAUGGAGAAUGGACAAUUGUGCAAGGCCUCCCAAUUGACGAGUUUUCAAGGAAAAAGUUGGACUUGACCGCUGAAGAGCUCACCGAGGAAAAGGCUCUGGCUUAUUCAUGCCUCUCUUGAAUUCCGUCUUCACCGUUCUAUUUGCUGUGCAGCAAAUAGUUUUGAAUAAUGCCAUUUUUGGUUUUUGGUGGACAAAAUAAUGAUUGAUUGGGGAAGCUGCUGUCUACGGUAGUCCUUUUUUGUUUUCUCUUUUGAUUUAUGCAUUUGAACAUUGAACAAUUAACAGAGGUGCUGGGUCAUGAAUUAGAUUUAUUAGUGCAGACAUUACUUUGAUUUCUGCCUGCAAAUUGAAAUUGGUCGCUUUUUGUAUUUCUAAUCUCCUGAUCUCGGAAAUGUUAUUUAGGUACACAA